GCUCCCAGACUCAGCAUGCCUUAGCUGAGGGAGCAGAGGGGAUGCUGAGUCCUGUGCCUGCCAGGUGCAAGAAGGAGGAAGGUGAGCACCCUGGGGCAGCCCGACCUCCAGGCACACCCUCUACCGUGAGUCCUCUGCGGGAGUCUUCAGGCUGGAAAUUGGGAAUCAGGAGGGAGCCGCCAGCGGCCUGAUCUUUGAGGUGAGGUAGUCAUGCAGACUAAGGAGAAGCAGGGGGCGUGGGGUCCGCUGUGCAGGGAGAUGGGGAGGCCAGUGUGAAGCUCCCCAUCAGGCUAUGUGGUUGCUACUGGGAGCAUCAGGCUGCGCACAGGCCUGUGUGACCAGCACUGCGGGGCUUGGAGGAGGUGCUGCUCUUCUCCCUGUUUGGGGAUUUUAGGAUGUGGGAGCUAGUUAGGCAACACCUUCCAUGGAGAGCGUUCUCCAGCCACCGGAGAUUCAGUUCUGCUCUGCCCACUGAGCAGAGAGAGGUGAGAACUGCCAGAGUGGCCGGGAGGCUGGUGAGUGGCAGCCAGAAGUCUCUGCAGAGCAGGAGUCCUGGAGAUUUGAUUUAUUUGCUCAUCAGUUGGCCUUGGAGAAUGGGGACCACAGCCCCAAGGCAGCCGCCUCCUGCAAGGCCUGUGUUGUUCUCCAUUGAAUUUGAGGGUGUGGGCUUAGGAGGCCGUAAAUUACAGUUGGGUGUCCCACCCCAGGAGCAAAUGAGUCAUGCCUAGGAAGGAGGGCAGGUGUCCCCUCACCCAGCCAGGCUGCCAGCGGUGACUCACGCUGUAUCUCUGUUGCAGGGCGGUCCGGCGGAGCUGGGCCUCUCUGAAGCUGCUGUGGCUCUCCCGGGGGGACUCCGUGACACGUUCUCUGAGGUUCUGGCUCUCUCCCGGGCAAGCUCACACAGAUUGCAGCCUCCCCCCAGGCACCAUGCCAGAGGUGCUCCUGCUCAGGUCUGCCAGCUCCAUCUUGAGGACCGAGUUCUUAAACAGACUGCCGCCAGGUGGGCCUGGCUGUGUUCACAAACUUAGUUUUGUUCGGAACCUGCAGUACCGAAAAGGAGUGAGGCGGUGUGUGAGAAGCAGGGCCCUCCACCAACCCAGCUCACUGACUGACGGGCAGCCGCUCUCCAAAGAGUCCCUGAACCAUGCUCUUGAGUUUUCCGUGCCAGAGAAGGUACCCAAGGCCCAGUGGGACACUCCAGAGGAGGCGCUGUGGACCACUCGGGCUGAUGGGCAGGUGCGCCUGCGCAUAGACCCCAGCUGCCCACAAUUUCCCUACACUGUGCAUCGGAUGUUCUACGAGGCCCUGGACAAGUACGGGGACCUCAGCGCUCUGGGCUUCAAGCGCCAGGACAAGUGGGAGCACAUCUCCUACUCCCAGUACUACCUGCUCGCCCGCAGAGCCGCCAAGGGCUUCCUGAAGCUCGGCCUGGAGCGGGCCCACAGCGUGGCCAUCCUCGGCUUCAACUCCCCGGAGUGGUUCUUCUCGGCAGUGGGCGCAGUGUUCGCAGGUGGCAUCAUCACUGGCAUCUACACCACCAGCUCCCCUGAGGCCUGCCAGUACAUCGCCCACGACUGCCGCGCCAACGUCAUUGUGGUGGACACGCAGAAGCAGCUGGAAAAGAUCCUGAAGAUCUGGAAACAGCUGCCACAUCUAAAGGCAGUCGUGAUAUACAAAGAACCUCCUCCAAACAAGAUGACCCAUGUGUACACGAUGGAGGAGUUCAUGGAGCUUGGGAAUGAAGUGCCCGAGGAAGCCCUGGACGCCAUCAUCGACGCCCAGCAGCCCAACCAGUGCUGUGUGCUAGUCUAUACAUCAGGCACCACUGGGAACCCCAAGGGCGUGAUGCUGAGUCAAGACAAUAUCACGUGGACAGCGCGGUACGGGAGCCAGGCCGGCGACAUCCAACCAGCAGAAGUGCAGCAGGAGGUAGUGGUCAGCUACCUGCCCCUCAGCCACAUUGCUGCCCAGAUCUACGACCUGUGGACGGGCAUCCAGUGGGGGGCCCAGGUCUGCUUUGCUGAACCCGACGCCCUGAAGGGGAGCCUGGUGAACACGUUGCGGGAGGUGGAGCCCACGUCGCACAUGGGGGUGCCCCGGGUGUGGGAGAAGAUCAUGGAGCGCAUCCAGGAGGCAGCGGCUCAGUCUGGCUUCAUCCGGCGCAAGAUGCUGCUGUGGGCCAUGUCGGUGACCUUGGAGCAGAACCUCACCUGCGCUGGCAGCGACCUGAAGCCCUUCACAACAAGACUGGCAGAUUACCUGGUGCUAGCCAAGGUCCGCCAGGCACUGGGCUUUGCCAAGUGUCAGAAGAACUUCUAUGGAGCGGCCCCCAUGACGGCAGAGACACAGCACUUCUUCCUGGGCCUCAACAUCCGCUUGUAUGCGGGCUAUGGCCUCAGUGAGACCUCAGGCCCCCACUUCAUGUCCAGCCCCUAUAACUACCGGCUGUACAGCUCAGGCAAGGUGGUGCCCGGCUGUCGGGUGAAGCUGGUGAACCAGGAUGCAGAGGGCAUUGGUGAGAUCUGCCUGUGGGGCCGCACUAUCUUCAUGGGCUACCUGAACAUGGAGGACAAGACGUGUGAAGCCAUCGAUGAGGAAGGCUGGCUGCACACGGGUGACGCUGGCCGCCUGGAUGCUGAUGGCUUCCUCUAUAUCACUGGGCGCCUCAAAGAAUUAAUCAUCACAGCUGGUGGGGAGAAUGUGCCUCCUUUGCCCAUCGAGGAGGCCGUGAAGAUGGAGCUGCCCAUCAUCAGCAACGCCAUGCUGAUCGGGGACCAGAGAAAGUUCCUGUCCAUGCUGCUCACCUUGAAGUGCGCUCUGGACCCAGAGACCUCUGACCCAACUGAUAAUCUGACCGAACAAGCUGUGGAGUUCUGCCAGCGGGUGGGCAGCAGAGCCACCACAGUGUCCGAGAUCGUGGGGAAGAAGGAUGAGGCCGUGUACCAGGCCAUUGAAGAGGGGAUCCGGAGGGUCAACACAAACGCGGCAGCCCGGCCCUACCACAUCCAGAAGUGGGCGAUUCUCGAGAGAGACUUCUCCAUUUCGGGUGGAGAGCUGGGUCCCACAAUGAAACUGAAACGGCUCACGGUUUUGGAGAAGUACAAAGAUAUCAUUGACUCCUUUUACCAAGAGCAAAAAAUGUAAUCGAGGGCCGCGCUUGCAGUUUCUACAGAAUAGAGGGCAGGCCUUCCGAGCAUCUUCCUGAGCCCCAGGUCUCCUCAGUCUGGCGCAGGCAUUUCUGGCAAGUCUGUUAGAUCUCCAGGUCAGGGCACAACACCAGCUCUUCAUUUACCAGGUCUUAGACCAGUAAUAGCUGACAAUUCUGAGAAGCUUCAUGUGUGGGUAGUUUUAAUUCCGUUUCAGUAUUGCUUUGUGCUCAGGUGACAAGUGAGAUCAGCUCUCCUUCUAGAACGAAAGGGCUGAUCAUUUUUGGCCUUAGUUCCAGGUAGAUUAACCAGCUGCUAGUUCACAGACAAGACAGCCGGCAGCAGGCUGUGGAGCCGGCGGGAGGGAGAUGGCUGAAACUGCUCUUGUGCGCCACAGGGAAAGCAAUCACUUACAACUCACCUAGUGACCUGACUUCCUCUGGAAUCACGGUGGACACUGCAGACCCUGUUAUUCCACUACCCGGCACUCCUCCGCCACACACAUGCCAACUGACUGGAUGCUUAAUAAAAAUGCUGCUGCCUGUUUGACCCUAUUUAAUGUGUAAUUUGAAUAUUAAACCUUUUAACAGAACUGUCAACAAGGACCCGAUUUUUUUGUUAAUUGAGCAGGUGGGACCAGUGCAGGCAGUCAUGGGUAUUAAACUCACAGGACUGUGGACAGCAGACGUGAGUGACCACUGGUGCCCUGGAAUAAACAAAGGUGCAGGAUGGGGUUAAGUGGAGCAUUCUCGUAAAAGCAGCCAACUCUACAUUAGCCUGUCACCACCAGCCCACCCCACUUCCACUCUGAAUACGGGAAGCAGCCGUUCUCGGUAGCAAGCUGAGCCAACAUGACUGAAGGCCUCUGAAUGGGAAACAGGUGGAGAAAGCAAACAUCUCAAUCAGUUUUGGAAUUUUUAUUACUUUGAACCCAAGAGCCACUGAUAACUAGCACAAUCCAAUGAAACCAAGGAAGCAGCAGCUUAAACAAAGGAAAAUACAUUUAAGAUUAUAAGUCUGGUUACAAGCUUAAAAAAUGACCCAGACAGGGAUAUUGUUGCUAAAAAAAAAUCCCCUUGUGACCUGGGUACAUUCUGCAAAGCCACAGGUUUGCAAUGUUACACAAGGGUCAAGGGAGGGCAUGAGUUGUCUUUGGUUGUGGGGCCACUGGGUAACGGUUCAUGAAAACAGUGAGUGUCUGAGGAUUAAGAAAAUCAUGCUGCAGCAGAGGGGAAGGGAGAGGAGGGCAGGAAGGGACAGGAGAUGCCUGAGGGUCAAAAGCUGGGCCCAGCUCAAGCCCAAGCCCCAGCAUGGCACAAUUUUGUGAAUCAACUCAGGCUGAGUCACCUGCAGUCUCUGCAAUGUCUUCUUAUACUGGUACUGCUGAGGCAGAGGGCAGUAAUUGAUGCUCUGGGAGAUGAGAAGGGGCACUUGCUGAAAUGUCAAACAGUCAGCAUCCCAAGUUCCAAUUGCAGUCAAAAUACAUGCGAUCAAGCCUUUUGGCAGUAUCGCCCCCAGCACUACCAGCUGCACUGUGGUCCAUUCCCAGACAGAGACAUGCAUGACAGUCAGCCCUUCUGGCUCGAGAUCAGGGGCUCAGAGGCUGCGACAACCCAUGAUGCUGAAAAUGUAUCCAAUAAAAGGAAGUACUAGCUCUCUGCUUCAUUAGAAGCUCUUG